AUGCCUAAGCAUUCUAAGAGUCGUAUGCUUUUAUCCAAAAGCAAUUUAAUUCGAUCAAAGAGUAAGAGAAUUCGUUCUAAAGAAAAAAUAAUUCGCCCUAAUACACAUCGAGCACGUUCCAAAAAGUCUGCAAAAUCAAUAGCAGAGCUCCAAAAAUUUAUAUCACACCUAGAUAUUAAGAAACCAAUUCCGAUAAGAAUAAACGGAUCUAUUCAUGUUUUUUACAAUUUUGGAACAAAAUUCGAUUGUGCAAAUAAAAGUAAAAAGGCAUCAGGCUUUGCCUCUGCGAUUGCAAACGUCAAUAAAUGGGACUCUCUUAUAGGAGAUUUGAUUGAACCACCUCUUAAAAAUGCAAUCUUGGCAGGCACUUAUGCUGUAAUAACAGGAGGAAUGGCUUCCCAAGAUACUAGUCUAUAUCAACAAGUGUCGCAUAACUCUUCGAUAAGGCUUUCAGAUCAUAAUUAUGCUAUUGUGAGAGACCCUCAAAAUGUCAAUCAAGGACUUAAACUUGCUCUUGCUACUAAAGUGACAUGGUACGCAAGUGGCGAAACUGAUAUCAAAGCCCCUAUAUUUGGAUUCACCUUAAAAUAUCUUCAUACUGCUUUUCACUACAAUGGCAAAAUCCGCCCUGAAGUUAGUGAUGCUGUGCAAAAGUUUGGACAGCUUUUGGAUACCAAGAUUGCCAUGCAAAUUUUAGGUGUUGUUCCAGGGAAUUACAAAUUUCCUCAUAUUUCUCCUACAAAUGAAAUGGAAGAUAGACUUCUAGAGUUCCCUGUUGGAGCAGCAUAUCUUAGCACUGCAUAUGAAAUAUUCUCUUAUGUUUCUGAUACUAUUUACAAGGACUACAUAGGAGAGAAUGAGAUUAUAAAACGAAUCGAAAAAAUGGUGGAGACAAAUUUUACAAAUAGAGCGGCAUUUCAUGUCUCUGCUCGGUCUCUAGGGUUAUUAAAACGCAGUGUAGAUUUAUCUCAAAAUGAUCUGAUUUUUAUUUCUGCUGUUGUUCACGCCAUUGCACCCAAAAGUAAUCUUUCAAGAAAAAAAUCAAUUAUUCCAGAAAAUCAAUUAAAGUUCAAUACAGAUUAUUUGACGCUUUCCAAAAUAUGUCGACUUUUGGAAGCUAAAGGUGAGGUUUUUGAUGAAUUAACCAACAAGAAAAACGUUUAUCAAAAAAUUAGGAAUCUCAUUUAUGCUAGUGAUGGACCAAAUUCCAAUAUCGUGCAACACAAUAUACCAUCAACACAUGACCAUAUUUCCAACCCAAAUCGGGGGAUUUACAAUGAAGAAGAUGACAGUGACUAUGUAUAUGAGCAAGAAAGUGAAGAUGAGUUAGAAUAUGAUAGCAAUUUUGGGACAGAGGAUGAAGAAAUGGAAGAAGGUCGAACCAGAAACAAUGUUGUGGAAAAUAAUCAUGGACAAGUUAGAAGAGAAUAUUCAAUCGGGCCUCGGCACGCUCCACAAGCUGGAUUUAUUGACGAUCAGAAACCCAUUUCAAUUAAAGAAGAGCCGGAGGAUAUUUCACAUGCCGCUGUUGAGGUUCCCAGUGUACAAUUAUCAGUCCAACACGAAGCCCAGGCGUCCUUUAAGAUAAAAAGCGAGAGCCAAGUUGCUUCAGAAACUAUACCAGAAGCUUCUUUUUUAAAUAAUAUUCAGAGUGAAAUUAAAGAAGAGUUUUUUAAUGAUUCUGUUAAUUCCUCUACGAAUGUUCCAACUAGAGAACUUCUUGAUGACUAUAUGAAUGAUGAUGAUGAUGAUAUAAUAUUGAUCAAGGUUGAAACAAUUGAUCAAGUUUAA